UUAUAUUCAGAAGUCACGGAUAUUGUAUAUACAUAUACGUAUGUGUGAAUCAUCCACAGAGAGAGAGAGAGAACCUCCAUUUCCUACAGCUUAUAUUUGCAUGAUGCAACGUGAUAAUGAGGCAUGUGGACGACGAUUACAGAUAUACGCGCAGAAAUAUACAUACACACACGCUGAACACAACAGAAAAUAUAUAUCUAUAGCAAAAGCGUAAAUGUCAAAUGUCUUUCUAUACUUAUGUGCUGUACUGCUGCUGCUGCGUAUGUCCUUGAUAAAAUAGAAAAUACUGUUUUUCAUUUCAUUUAUGAUAAAAUGUGUUUUUCAUUUAAUAUGACGCAUGUGCGCGACAUUGCGCCUAUACAUACGUGUGUGCGUUUCUCGCCGCGAUCUUUCAUAUAUAAUACAGCACACAUGCACACAAAAAUAUGCGCAAACAGUACGGAGAGAGAGAGAGAAGUACGCGAUGCGAUGACGAUGCCACUCUCGACUGUUGAUGCGAUCCGCUAAAUGAGUAUUACAAAAAUUCGAUGUUUUCGUCUUCUUACUUUUCAUUCUCUCUUAUUGAAUGUUUGUUCUUCUUUUUUUUUGUUUCGAAAAUGUUCGAGAAAAAAAACCGAGACACACGAUAAUUACGCGCGCAAGCCACACAGAGCACUCCCGAUUCCAUCCAAUAUUAUAAAACGAGGCAGACGAUGAAUAUAAAGUAAAACAAAAAACUCUAAAAAUACGAAAGGAAUGUCGAGUGUGAUAAUGAUGACUUCCCAAUCGACGAUAUUUUUUAAUUAAUAUUUUCACGUUUUGCGAAAGAUACACAUAACAAAAAAUAUGAGUACGAGCUGCUUAAGAUAUAAUCGAUAUAUAAGCCAUUUUCUUUUCGAUGAUUAUCGAGCAUUUUUUGAAGAAAAAAUAAUAAUAAUAGUAAUGAUAAAUAUAAAUAAUUUAUUUUCUCUCCAAUAAUCUUUGCUAAUUCACGUUUCGCGAGCGAUAAAUAUAAAAGCACGUGUUAAAGGUUACAUUGUCUAGCUAAAUUACGACGCGGAUAAACAUGUAAAUCCUGCCAGCAAACAUAUAAUAAACAAAGAGAGAGAGAGAAAGAUUAAAAAAAAAAAGAUAAAUGAAGCUUUUACAGAAUCCAUAUUUUUUUAAUUUUUUUUUUUUUUUUCAUUUACCUUUCCUCCCUCGCAUCGAUGUGCAUUUUUCAUACGCGCUUGGGUAAACUGCAACAAAACACGGACGAAAAAUCUAUAAGUACGAAACUUUGCAACAACAAAAAAAAUAAAAUAAAAAAAGAAUCCUCGAAAUAGCUCGACUUUUUAAAACGUAUAAACACAUGCAUAUGUAUGUACGCGUAAUUACACACCGUUUCGAAUCUGAGUAUUAACAAGCGUGCGUAUGCAAUUUUUACAUCUCUCGCUUAUGUGUACAUAGCCCGCAUCUAUUACUCUCGUCGGGCGCGCAACGAUAAAAAAUGAAAAAAAGAGAAAAGAAGCAACAAAAAAAAACUACUUCUUGUGCGUAACGUUAAUAUAACAACAACGUAUUAUAUGUAACUUGUCCGCGACUUCUCUGCCCGAGCUCGUGCGUUUAUUGUGAUAUUCAUCGAUGUGCAUAUAAUAUACGUGCUUAUUAUCGAAAAUUUGCAGAGCAAAAGAGAGCUUGACAACAACAACAACAAAUCAUUAGUUUAUCGUCACUUUUUUUUCUCUCCAUUCGAACUCGUGUAUGUAUGUAGUAGCACGAGGCGCGACACGAUACCACGUGUGUGCAGUGUUAUAGUUUUUAAGCCGAGAGAGAGAUGAUGAUAAAAUAGAGAGCGAAGAUUAAUUAAAACGCCCGUGAAUUUAACGAUUCGCGGCACGAACAGAAACAUAUAUUAUUAUUAAUAACGUAAAAAAGAAUACUUUAUUGGACAAACAAACAAACAAACAAACAAAAAUAUGAACAAAAAAAAUGCGUAAAUUAUAUUAUAUUAAUUAUUACGAGAUGUAUAUGUACUUGCGCGCGCGCUGUGCGCGAUGGCUAAAAAUGUGUUCCCAAGUAACUAACUAUUACAUGUAUAUUAACAAUUAUCGACUACUCAUUGCAUAAAAAAAGACUAUAUUGUUAAAUAUUAAAAUAAAUGAUGAUGAUGAUGUAGUAGAGACGAAAAAAAAUCUUACGGAUAUAAUGAAUGUAUAGUCUAAAAGAGCUAUACUUCAAAGCUAUUUAUCACGAGCUUGAACAUUUUCGCGAAUACACUUCGGAGGUUGUGUAUCCUGUUUCGUCUGCGUCUCUCACUCUUGGAUUCGUUAUCUUCUUCUAUCGCGCGGUAUAAACUAUACUGGUCUCCUUUUUCUAUAUUAUAAAUCGCGCGUAAUAACUCGCGCGGGUAAAUAUAUUCAAAGUGUCUAAAACGAUCGAUAUAUCAAAAAAAUAAAACAAAAACUACUUCUUCUUACUCUUUCUAAUAAUGCUAUAACUAUACUACGCUACGCUAGAAAAAAAACUGAAGUACUACAUCUAUCUUUUCACUGUAAUGGUAAGGAACAUCAACAUGAUAUAUGAUUAAACAUAAACAAAAAUGUUAGAACAAAAAAAAAAGAUAAUUGUUUCAAAGUCAGCGGAAAAUUGUAAUUUUCGUUUCUAUUUUCGGUUCUUCGACAAUCAACUGCGACAGCGAGAAACGUCCAUUUAAAUCCAAAGAAAAAAAUUAGAUUGCUCGCAGUUGUUUUUCUUUUUAUCAUUCAACUUUAUUAGUUUUUAAGUACACUAUUGAUGUAUGCACCUGUUUAUGAUCGAUUUUACUUGUACAUAAGUCGAAAGGUUCAUCGCUGAUAAUUUUUGUUUCUCAAAUGCAAAUGAUACAUACAUCGUGCUGAAAAAGCAUCAGAAAUCUCUAGAAAUCUCUCAGAUUUUGAUUAAGAAUCUAAAACUAUAUUUGAGUUACGACCGAGCGAAGUGGUGAAUAUUUUUUUCCUUUUAUUAUCAAAGCUCGACUGAUUUCCCACAAAUGAAAUUACUCAAGAAACUGUUCGUAUAGCUGAUCGACAUCGCGUAUACGAAGGAAAAUUGGCGCCACUCGCGUCAAAGUUUAACUGGCCGCGCGAGUCGAGAGAAAAGCUCGUAUUGAAACAGCUCGGUGGGAAGGACCCCAAGCGACUCUCGAAUGUAAAUAUUUUCAAUAUCGUCGUCUUGCGCUGCCCUCGAAAUACGAAAAGUUUGUCACUCGUCACUCGCACAGUCUGGCGAGUAAUUGGCCCGUAGCGAAGUAAUACGCAUAUACUAUAUAUAACGUAACGGUCGAAAAAGUUGACGAGAAAAAAGUCCGAAGUAAAAAAUGAAGGAAAGCAAGGAAGUCGUCUACGAGGAGCUGUUCAAAAAAGUCGAGCCGGAGCCGAAUCUCAUCGACUACGGCUUGGCCGUGAAACUCGACGAUCUGAGCGACCUCGAGCUCAACUGGAUACUCGUGCGAGCCUGCGAGGAGCAGGAGACACGAAUCAUCAAGUUCUUCGUGCGUCGCUUCAAGCGGAUCAGCAACGGCCUGCCCGAGAAGGUCAGAACGGCGAUACACGUCGCGGCGAGGUUGAAUCUGCCCGUGAGCUUCGACCUGCUCACCCAGAUCUACGACAACCACAUCAACUACGUGGACCCGGACGACGCGGACUUCUCGCACUUCCAGGCGGCCUGCAAGAUGGGCCACGCGGCUCUGGCCGAGAGCCUGCUCGUGCGCGGCGUCCACGAGGACGUCGACAGCAUCCUCGGGGUCAUGCUCAAGUCCAGGCCCGACGCACGGGUGCUCGAGCUGCUCCUGUCGAGCGGCGCCCGUCCCAAUCUGGCCGACGCCAACGGCACCACCCUGCUGAGCAGCUACUGCCGGCAGUUCUGCAGCAGCUCGCGCGCCACCGAGGCCGACAAGGCCGUCUAUCUGGAGCUGGUGCGCACCUUCCUGCGCCACCAGGCCAACGUCAACUUCAUGAACAACGAGGGCGUCUCGCCCAUGCAGAAUCUCUAUCGUCACGGCAUCCUCGCCGCGGAUCUGCAGCUCGCGGUGCUCAAGCUGCUCCUCGAGGCCGGCGCCGACGUGCACUAUCGCAGCAAGAGCGGCGAGACGAUACUGCACUACGUGCUGCGUCGACGCUACCUGGGCAAGUGCCACGGCAAGGUGUUCGAUCUGCCCCGUCGCACGCCCGAGGUCUACGCGGUGCUGGAGCUGCUCGUGCGCGACUACCGGGCCGACGUCAACGUCAAGGACUACGCGGGCGAGAGCCCGCUGAGCUUGGCCGUGUCCACCUGCAAUCUGGACGGGGUGCUGGCGCUGCUGAAGCUGGGCGCCGACCCGCACACGGUCACCUUCGAGGGCGGUUUUCUGGAUCCGGCCAACGAGCACCUGAGGAAUCUCGAGCUGACGCAGAAUCUGCUGGAGAUCGUGGACUUGCUGAAGCAGAACAAGUACGUGAUGGAGGAGAAGCACGAGGCCUGGGUCUUGAGGUUCCUGCUCGGCUUCCCACCCUCGACGGCGCACUUCAACGCGGCCUACGUCAUAGCUCUAGCGUCGAACGCGUCGAUAAUACGCAACCACUGCUCGAUACUGACGACCUUCGACAACGAGGUCGGCCCGGUGAUCGGCGCCCUCAGCAACCACCUAAAGGCCGUCGACUUCGGCAAGAUGUACAUGAACGAGCGCGCCAAGGACGCCAUGAUCGAGAUCAUGCAGAAUCUCGAGGAGAGCAGCGACGACAACUCGAGCAGCGAGGACGAGCUGGACCUGACGCAGGCGGCGCGAGCCACGAAAUUCGACAUGUGGAAGAUCCAGGACUCGGCCAUUCUCGAGGAGAUCAAGCGAGCCAGGCGGACGAUGAUUAGCCAGUCGGCGUCGCUGCUGGAUCUGUGCAGCUGCGCCCCGGACAAGGCCUACCCGCUGCUCGAGGAGACGGGCUGGCAGGCGCUGCUGCUCGACGACACCGAGGAGAAGUUCUCGCGGGUGUUCACGGCGAUCGGGCCGACGAUCAAGGGCUACAUCUGCCGGGCGCUGGUGAGGAAGUACUUCGACAGCUUGAGGCCCGAGGUGGCCGUCAAGGUGCUCACGGACGAGUACUUUUAAUGAUUUUGUGUGAUUUUUGACGUUGUUACGAGGACAACAACGAUAGCGCAUGCGGAGGGAUGACGAUCGUAAGAGCUUUCGCGUGUACGUACUUUUCGUUGUACGUAUUUACGUGUAUUUUGACAGUUGAUAAACAAUCUUUGUAAUUUGUAUAUAUUAUAUAUAAAAUCCGACCGACGAUUCGAUGAAACAUAUUUUAUAAUUUGAAUAAAUGUUCGCUCUUACGUACAAUAACAGAAUAA